UUAGGACAAACAUAUUUAAAGACGACGAAAAAAUAUUUUUUAUACCAAAAAACGGAAAUAAUGGUUAAUCAACUUUUACAAGAUAAUGUGGACUUUUUGAAAAUAUUAGCCCGAACAAAGUCAGGUAGAAAACAAAGAAGAUUGUUAAGAUUAGCAACAACAUCCCAGCUUUUAGCAUUAACUGAGAUUUGUUUAAAUAUAGUAAAAGAAAGAUUUAAACUUACAAAUCGACAAAAGAAACGGCUGAUACCUUAUACAGAGUUUGUACGUCAUUUGAGUCGAGUAAGGAGCGAAAGAGGUGCGCGUCAUGUUCUUAAUCAGAAGGGUGGAGGUGUAGGUGUUUUCGCAGCGCUUUUAACUCCUGUACUACUGGAAAUUGCAAAGAGUAUAUAUAAAAACGAUAAUUCCACGAAUCAAACUAUUUAAAAAAUGGCAAAUAAAUUUAUUUUAGUCCCUGAGGAUUUAUACAAAGGGCUUACAACACAUGACAGUGGUGAACCUAAUUUAGAUUUUGUGCGUAGGGAUCUUGAGAAGGUAAAACGAAAAAAACAGACUCCCAAUGCAAAAAAUGUUAAUUAUAAUCAAGAAUUGAGAAGGUAUUUAAAAAUGCGACAUGAGCAACAAAAUAGACCAGUUAAGGUAGAGAUGGUAACAAGUUCAAAAGGUAU